AUGGAACUUUCUUCCAUUUUUUGGCUUUUGGAAGCCAAGCUGGAACUGCUGGUGGAUCCAUCAGGAUUGUGGGCCACCAACAAAAGCAAAGAGAAGGUGCCUAAGAGACUAUAUGAUGCGUGUGAUGGAUUCUGUGUGGAGGACAAUGCCCGCUGCAGUCAGCGUUGCCCUCCGGGGACUGAAGGGAACAUGGGGUUUGCGUGCAGGACAAAGACAUGGCGUAAAAUCACGGACACCUGCCGGACUCUUAAUGCCUUCAACAUCUUUGAGGAGAGGGAGUCAUAUACAGUCCAGCACUUCGGAGCGAGCGCAAAGGGAGAGGAGGACACUGGGCAAGACGAGACCAUCGCAGAGAAGCUGAUGCAGAAGUGCCCGGCAGACUUGUCUUGUGCCACCAGAAACAUCCAGCAUUCUCCCCAGAUUCCAGGAAACAUUGCGGUCAUCGUGCAACUGUUACACAACAUAUCCACGGCGCUGAUGGCAAAGGUGGAUGAGGCGAAGAUGCAGAGUUACAGCACCAUGGCCAACCACAUUCUUGACAGCAAAAGCAUUUCGAACUGGACCUUCAUCCCUGACAGAAAUAGCAGCUGCAUCCUGCUUCAUUCAGUCAAUUCCUUUGCAAGAAGGCUGUCUCUCAAUAAGCGUCCCGUCGACAUAGCACGCACCUUCAUUCAUACCAUGGGCGCCAUCCUACCUGAGAACCGCGCUGGAAGGAAUCUCAGUUUUUCCAUGAGAGUUAACGACACCAGCAGGAAAGUCACUGGGACGGUCCUGAUCAGUAAGGACGAUCUUCAGAGAGUGCCUUCCUCCUCUCAGGUCAUCAGUAUUGCCUUUCCAACUCUUGGGGCCAUCUUGGAAGCCAGCCUAUUGGAAAAUGUCACUGUAAAUGGGCUGGUCUUAUCUGUCAUCCUGCCCAAGGAGCUGAAAAGGAUCUCAUUGAUUUUCGAAAAGAUCAGCCAUUCGGAGGAGAGGAAGACGCAGUGUGUUGGCUGGCAUUCCUUGGAGAGCAGAUGGGACCAGCAGGCCUGUGAGAGGAUUCAAGAAAACUCCCAGCAAGUCAUUUGCAAAUGUUGGCCAAACAAAUUAUUUACCUCUUUUUCUAUUCUUAUGUCACCUCACGCCUUGGAGAGCCCAGUUUUGAUUUACAUCACGUACAUAGGCCUGGGCGUUUCCAUUUGCAGCUUGGUCAUUUGCCUGACCAUUGAAGCCCUGGUCUGGACGCAGGUGACCAAGACGGAGAUUUCCUAUUUGCGUCACGUGUGCAUCGCGAACAUCGCAGCCACCUUGCUGAUGGCCGACGUGUGGUUCAUCGUGGCUUCCUUCCUCAGUGGUCCAGUCGAACACCACAGCGGCUGCGUGGCGGCCACCUUCUUUGUUCACUUCUUCUACCUCUCUGUGUUUUUCUGGAUGCUUGCCAAGGCGCUCCUCAUCCUCUACGGGAUUCUGAUCGUCUUCCACACACUGCCCAAGUCCGUGCUCGUGGCGUCUCUCUUCUCGGUGGGUUACGGGUGUCCUCUGGUCAUCGCUGGCAUCACCGUGGCUGUCACCGAGCCUGGCAAUGGCUACCUGCGGCUUCACGUCUGCUGGCUGAACUGGGACCUGACCAAGGCGCUCCUGGCCUUUGUGGUGCCGGCCCUGGCCAUCGUGGUGGUCAACCUGGUCACCGUGACGCUGGUCAUCCUCAAGACCCAGCGGGUGGCCGCGGGCAGCUCCAUGUUCCAGGAAGUGAGAGCCAUCGUGAGAAUCAGCAAGAAUAUCGCCAUCCUCACCCCGCUCCUGGGACUGACGUGGGGGUUCGGCAUCGCCGUGGCCGUGGACGGGAGCUCCCUGGCCUUCCACGUCAUCUUCUCCUUGCUCAACGCGUUCCAGGGCUUCUUCAUCCUGGUGUUUGGAACAAUCCUGGAUCCAAAGAUAAGGGCUGCUAUUAAGGGUCGAGUAGCUUCUUUGAAGUGGACCUCCCGAAUAUCAGAGAGCCUUUCUUCUGAAUGCACUUGUCAACCCACCAAAGGGCCAAGCUAAUAACCCAGACUUCAUCCCUCACCUGGGAGGGUUAUUCACUCCAGGAAUGGCAGAACCCCGAGAAGCACGCGUGUAUUCCUGCUUUCUUGCCUACGGGGACUAUGAAGGAAGCCCCGAACACUGGUGGAGCUGCUCAAAGGGGG